AUGGAUAACGUUGGACAGACCACAGAACCUCCUCUAUCCUCGCGCGAUCUCAGCGCCGAAUCUCAGAACAACGUGGACACACCUGACGCCGCGCAAGAUGUCCAGAACCUUGUUGCACAGCCUAUGUCGAAGAGCGCGAUGAAGAAGGCUGCCAAGGCGGAAAGACUUGCCGCGUUGAAACUCGACCGUCGCGCCCGCGAGAAAGAGGCAAAGAAAGAGAAAAAACGAUUGCUGGCUGAAAAGCGAGCAGCAGGGGAAAUCGACGAAGUCGAAGAGGAAGAAAGGCGAAGACGGGCGAAGAGGCCGAGGCUUCAAUUCGGUGGAAAUGUCGUGGUCGACCUGGAUUUCGACAACAUGAUGAGCGACAAGGAAGUCGUAUCUUUGUGCUCCCAACUUGCAUACACAUAUAGCACCAACCGCCAGGCGUCCUUCCCCUUUGGUUUGACCUUCACGUCCCUCGGCGGUCGAAUAGAGAAGCGUCUCGACAGUCUGGGAGACGCAAGUCACAGAAGGUGGUCGAACACCAAAUGGUCUUUGGACAGCUAUGAGAGUCUCUGGGAGGAUCCGGAAGCUGCUCCUGUUUCAAUGCAUGACGACACUCCUCAAGCUGAGGCCGGCCUUUCCAGCGGUAUCGAAGGGCACGAAAAAGUUUGGACAUCUGAGGGAGCAUCUGCUACCGUGGAAGGGAAACCCGGUGACCAGAGCGUGCGGAAACGCGCAGAGAAAAGCAGCUUCGUGUAUCUCACAGCAGACACUGAAGACGAGCUCUUAGAGCUCAAACCAGACGAGACGUAUAUCAUUGGAGGAAUCGUCGAUCACAACCGAUAUAAGAACCUUUGCCUGAAUAAAGCGAAAGAAUCAGGCAUACGUACCGCUCGUCUGCCCAUCGGACGCUAUCUUUCUUCUCUCCCCACGCGCAAAGUGCUGACAGUGAACCAGGUCUUUGAGAUUUUGGUUAAGUGGGUCGAGACGAAGGACUGGGAACAAGCGUUUAACUCCAUCAUUCCCAAACGGAAAUUCCAGCAAGGAGGAAAAGGCAAUGACGAGGCAAUUACAGACGCGUCGGCGGUAGAGUGCGCAGCCGACGAGGUGUCAUUAUGA